UUUUUUUUUCAUUUGAUAGGAGAAAGCAGUAUGUAGGCAAAACACAGUUUAUGGCUUUUGACCAAACAUCAGCUGGUCGUCGUGUACUUGUAGCUACUGAAUCAAAUGUCUUGGCGUCGCUGCAUGCAAGAACUGGAGAAAUAGCCUGGAGACAAGUAUUCAGGAGUGGUGCUGGUGGUAAAAUUGAUGCUAUGUUGCACAAUGAAAGCUAUCUUAUCACUGUUUCUGGAAAUGGUAAAAUUCUACGUUCAUGGGACGCUGGUACUGGUAGCCUGGUGUGGGAAGAGGUUGCCGCAGUAACUGAAUCUACAUCAAAACCCAGCCAUGCUCAAGCAGUGUUCGCAGGUCAAGAUAUGAUGGCUGUUUUAACAUCUAGUAAUGUUUAUGUGCAUUCUUUGAAAGAUGGCACUUCUCUUUGGAGUAAAGAACUACCCAACAGUGAAUCUGUGAAUUAUCAGUGGAUACAUUGUGGUGGUGAUGUCAUCUAUGUUAUUGGAUUGGUGGAGAACUCUCACAUUAGUAUUGUCAGUUAUCAGCUCAAUAAUGAUGGGGAGCCGAAUCCACAGCGUUCCUUGCCAGCUGCCUGGGCAUCGGUGACAGGUGUGUCCUGUAUAGUGGUUGGUAACAGUAAUCUAGUAUGCGUGGAGUCUUUAACAAACUCACUGCAUUCAGUUGUGUUGAAAGAAGGAGCUUCUUUCAUCAGUAGUCCUGUCAUAGCAUUAGGAUUACCAGAAGCUGAAACUGAAACUCCGAAACUAACAGCACUUAACCCAGUGCGGGCAGAGUUCACGCUACAUCUCACACCAACUCAUACAGCUUUGAUGAGACAGGAGGGUAACAGUAUUAAGGUGGUGCUAGACUUGCCGAAAGUUAUUUUAACUGGAGCUGCUACAUUUGGAUCACAGGAAGUUAUCCUGACAUUGGAACCCAAAACACAGUUGGUGUAUGUAAUCAGCUGUUUUGAUGCUAAAACUGGAGUAAAGAUCAAAGACACUAAACAGUUGGUUGCUUUACCGCUACAUAACGGCUCCCCCACACAGAUGAAAGAAUUUUUGUUCAGUAAAAAAGAAUCUCAGUUUGGAUAUAGAAUUCUAUUGCAGACACAAGACUACUCUCUGUCAUUGAUACAGCAGCCAGGUAAGAUUGUUUGGAGCAGAGAAGAAGCUCUAUCAAGAAUUCUAUCAGUUGAGAUGGUUGACCUUCCAGUGACAGAUACAGAGGCAAAAUUUGAAGAUGAAUUUGGUCAUCAAGGAGAUGAUGUCAUAAGCAUGUUUUUAAGAAGAUUGACAACUCAGUUUGCUCAGAUACAGACCUACAUCAUGUCCUUGAAAAGAAGAAUGCGACAUGGACAUCACCAUGAACAUCUAACUGCAGAAGACUCUAAACCAGAUAGAACUAACAAUGCAAAUGACGAUGAUGAUGAUGAUGAUGACGAAUAUCUAAGAAGAGAUCAGUUUAAUUUGCAUAAAAUGAUAAUCGCUGUCUGUGAGUCUGGAAAGCUAUAUGGUUUGGACAGUGAAGAUGGGUCGAUUAUAUGGAGGCAGUUUAUUCCGAAUUUGCAGUAUUUUGAAAGGAGCAAAACAUUGCCACUGUUUAUACAGAGAACCACUGCUCACUUUCCUCACCCACCACAAGCAGCAAUUGUUGGCAGAGACAAGAUUUCUGGCCAGACAUUGAUGUAUUCAUUCAACCCAAUUACUGGUAAACCAAGUGAUGUCAAGAAUCCAUUGGGAAAAGUACUUAACUAUCAGUUACAACAAGUCACAUUGCUUCCUUUGAUGGACCAGGAAUUUCUUAAGAUUAUGAUUCUGAUGGACACAGAAUAUAAGAUACAUGUGAUUCCAGCAGAAGCAAAAUCUCUUCUACAAGAAAAACUGUCAUCCCUGUUUCUGUUUACUGCAAAUGCUUCAGAUGGGAGUCUAGCUGGAUAUGCCCUGGUAGAUGUUGGCAAUGAACACUUGCACAGUGAAAUGGUUUGGAAUGUACAACUUCCUGAUGAUCAAAGAAUCAUUAGCAUAGCAGCUAAGAGACCAACAGAGCAUGUCCACUCACAAGGUAGAGUACUUGGUGAUAGAAGUGUACUUUAUCGAUAUUUAAAUCCUAACCUUGUAGCUAUUGCUGCUGAAGGCAUUGACACAGCAGGCAAGCAAUUCUUGAAUAUGUAUUUAGUGGAUACUGUUACGGGAAGUUUAGUCUUCACAGCUAAUCACAAGAAAUCUACUGGUCCCGUUCAUAUGGUGCAGUCAGAAAACUGGAUUGUGUAUGAAUAUUGGAAUAGCAGACAUAGACGCCAUGAAGUCACCGUUUUAGAAUUAUAUGAAGGAACUAAAGAUAGAAACAGUACUGUGUUUUCAUCAUUGGAUCCCCCAGAACCCCCAAUCGUGAUGAGACAGUCUUACAUAUUGCCAUACGCACUGCAGGAUAUAGGUGUAACAUCCACCGAGAAAGGCAUCACAAAUAAAGCGUUGAUAUUUUGUUUGCAAUCCGGUGGAGUGGUACAUUUUCCUAAAGCUUACUUAGAUCCAAGAAGACCACUUGUACCAACAACAUUACACAAAGAAGAAGGCAUCAUUCCAUACUUACCAGAAUUACCUAUCUCCACUGAGGCUUACAUUAACUACAAUAAAACUGUACUUGGGGUGAGAGGUGUUCAGACGGCACCAGCUGGAUUGGAAUCCACUUCAUUGGUACUUGUAUAUGGCCUGGAUUUAUUUUACACGAGGGUAUUCCCUUCCAAAAUGUUUGAUGUUUUGAAAGAUGAUUUUGACUACUACUUAAUCAUCACUGUUGUGAUUGGUCUGCUGGCAGCGUCCGUUAUAACGCAGAAGCUGGCGUCAAUGAAAACGUUGAAGAAAGCUUGGAGAUAA